UCUGAGUGAUUGUAUAAAAUACAGAAAACUACCGAUCGAACACGAACACGUAUUCACUGAAAUCGUAAAAUAAUUUCGUGAGAUUCAAGAAAAUCCUAUGUCUUAAAAAGGUUCCCAAGACAGAAAGAUAAGUUCUUUUUUAUCUUGCCUGAGAUUUUUAAUUCAACAGUGAUCUCGAAAUUUCCGUGGCGAGGGCACAAACCUCGAAAAUCCAUUUUGAACGAGCGUCAAUCCGGGAGAUCUCCUUUUCACCAGCAGAUCCUGUUUAUGUUAUAGUAAGUUGGUUGGUGCCUUUGAGUCAUGAGUUCUAUGUUUGGUAAUGGUAAUGUGAUUGUUGUGGAGGACGACAGCUUCUUCAGUGUGGAGAUAGAGAGAGCUGGGUCACGUCUUGUCGUUAUCGACUUCACUGCAACAUGGUGUGGUCCAUGUAAGAGUAUUGCUCCUGUGUUUACAAACCUCAGCAUGAAGUUCAUGGACGUUGUGUUUCUUAAAGUUGAUGUUGAUCAGUGUCAGCUUACAGCCGAAUCAUGUGGGAUCAGGGCUAUGCCCACUUUUCAUUUCUACCAUAACAAGGCCAAGAUAGAUGAACUUAGAGGGGCAGACCCUGGAGCACUUGAGAAUAAGAUCAAGGAACUUCGAGCUGCCACUCAUAGUACUAAAACAGUGCCUGUAGAUCCAAAGCGUGCAUCUAUUGGCUUUACCUGGAGCUGUGUCAAUCAACUUAAAGGCAACUCUGCCGUUGUCUUUAUGGAGACAUCUGAAUUACUUCUCAAGUUUGCCAAUAACAUCAUGGGUGAGCCUGAGAACCCGAAAUACAGAUCAAUACGACUAGGCAACAAGAUCUUCCAGAACAAAUUGCUUCCUGUCGAAGGAGCUGUAGAGUGCUUGUUUGCGAUGGGCUUUGAGGAGAGUGAGGACCGGCUGAUCUUCCCAUCAAAUUGUUCACUAGAGGCACUGCACACAUUGCGUGACACGCUAGAGGCCAUGCGUGAUAGGUCUAGUGGUUGUGGAAGCACUGAUCACAUGUGCUCAACACGUGACCCUGAGACAGAACCCCACCAGUUGCACUUUGCACCUGCAGCAACCGUCCUUCAGUUGCAGUCUCUAACCUCCUCGGCACCCCUACCUGGCAUGACUCAGUCCCAAGCGCAAUUCUAUGCUAAGUUAAAGAGCUCCUCGGACCAUGUGAUGAUCUAUGAAGACCCAGAUCUUCAAAAGCGAGCACGGAGUCAUCUGCCUGUGAGGGAACUGGAACAGAAAGCAGAGGAGAUGAGCAAGGCGAGCCGUGAUAGCGGGGGCAAGUGUGUGGAUGUCAAAGAUUGUCUGAUCUUGGUGCUGCUCGAAUGGUUCAAAGGUUUCUUUCAGUGGAUGGACAAGCCUGAGUGCAAAUCGUGCCGACAGGUAGCAGUCUACCAUCAGAGGGGUGUUCCUACCCUGGAGGAACAGGAAUGGGGGGUGGGCGUGGUAGAGGAGUACAAGUGCCCCACGUGCAGCCAGCAGAUCCGAUUCCCUCGCUACAAUCACCCUGCUAAACUUCUAGAAACCCGCUGUGGGCGUUGCGGUGAAUGGGCGAACUGCUUCACGAUGUUUUGCCGAGUGCUGGGCUUCGAGACCCGUCAUGUUAUCGAUUGGACCGAUCACGUCUGGACCGAGGUCUACUCGGAGUCCCAGAGUCGUUGGCUGCAUUGUGAUUCGUGCGAAUGCGCUUGCGAUAAACCACUGGUGUACGAGGCUGGGUGGGGCAAAAAGCUCUCGUACAUCAUCGCUUUCUCUAAAGAAGAGGUGUUUGAUGUCACGUGGCGUUAUUCAGCAAAUCAUGAGGCUGUACGCAUGCGCAGAACACAGGUCUCCGAACAAUGGCUUGCUGACGUCACUAUGAAGAUGACGCAACAGUUGCAGUCGAUUAUUCCUGAGGAGCGGCAAAAGCUGCUUCAGGGUCGCACCUUCAAUGAGCUGAUCGAGCUCAUGACCCUCAAGUCCGCCACGCCUGACGAGCUGCAAGGUCGGGUGUCAGGUAGCCUGGCGUGGCGCAAGAUUCGCGGGGAACUGGGCUCGUCUGGGAGAGCUAAGCCGUACAAGCCGUAUGUUUUUGAGCCAUCUGAUAACGAGAUCAAGCGUAAAAGGAUGCGUAUUCGGUAUUCUAUCGCUAUCGAUAACUACUACCGAUUGACAGAUGACAACCUCCCGUCUCACUCGUCCCCUGCGCUGGAGGACUGGAAAUCUGGCACAAACGGCGUUGAGUCUAUCUUCAGGAAGGUGGAACAUGACUGGAAAAUGGCAUACCUUGCCCGUAACGAGGGCUGCCAAACUGGCUCAGUCUCAUGGAAAGUGGACGUAUCCGAGUCGGGUCUCGUAAUCGAUACCGUUGACUUGGUGAUCAGCAGUAUUACGUUCGAGAAUGGCAAGGUUGACUGGAGUAUCCAUGGAGAUGACAAGGAAAAGCAGUUUAUCAAGCUCGAAGGAGGAGAAAGUAAACAGACGUUGACGCGUCUCCGUGGGGCCAAGACCCUAACGCUGACGGCGCAAAUGAGUGGAGGACAGGGGGACAACGCUUGGCAACAUGCCCAACUCUUCCGGCAGUCAAUAACCCACACAGACGAGUACCCACUCGACAUCGACAUUACCCUACAAUAGCCCAUGUAUACAGCAAUUAGACUCCUUGCGAACGAGUACCCACUCGACAUUACCCUAGAAUAGCCACGAGUAGAGCAACUGGACUCCUUGCGAACGAGUACCCACUCCACAUCGACAUUACCCUACAAUAGCCACGAGUAGAGCAACUCGACUCCUUGUGAACGAGUACCCACUCGACAUCACCCUAGAAUAGCCACAAGUAGAGCAACUGGACUCCUUGCGAACGAGUACCCACUCCACAUCGACAUUACCCUAGAAUAGCCACGAGUAGAGCAACUGGACUCCUUGCGAACGAGUACCCACUCGACA